AUGGGAGAAGACCCAUGCUCAUCAACCACCAUUAGUGGGCGAGGAAGGGACAUCGGAGGUGUCCAUGACAGCCGAUCCAGAGGCCAGGGCGGCAGAGGGAGCCGCCGAUCGACCUGGGGGCGGGGAGGGCUGGUGGCAGGUCCAUGGGAAGGUAGCAACGGGGGCAGUGGUGGUGACUCGAGGACCAGGUCUGUACCUGAAGGAGGUAGCAGAGGAGCGGGCGGCAGCAGGAUUCGCACGGGGGCAUGCGGUGGAGCUGGUUAUGAUGGCGGUGCUCCAGCCCUUUCAACGUCUGCACCGACGUCACAUGCCGCCCAUGGGGCACAAUGA